UGGUGCGUUGUGUCCCUCGGGCACAGCGGAUCACCGAUCCACGGAAAGAGUCAAAGAUGUCGGCUCGGUCAUGUGAUCAGCUGUGUCCAAUCACAGCUAAUCACAUCAGUGCCACCUGUCAGUGUCCAUCGGUGCCAUGUGUCAGUGCUCAUCCAUGCCACCUGCUAGUGCUCAUCAGUGCCAUUUCAGUGCCUAUCAGUGCACAUCAAUGCCACAUAUCAGUGCCCAUCUGAGCUGCCUUUCAGUGUCACCCAUCAGUGCCAGUCAGAGCCACCUAUCAAUGCCAGUUAGUGCCAUCUAUCAGUGCUGCCAAUCAGUGCCGCCUAUCAGUGACAGUCAAUGCCGCCUAUUAGUGUGCAUCAGUGCUGCCUAACAGUGCCAGUCAGUGCCAUCUAACAGUGCCAGUCAGUGCC